CUUUCGCUGGAACGUCAGUAAGAACACGCCGUGUCGGUAGAAGGAGAAAGAAUCUGUCUUUCUAGUCCAGCGUCUAAACACGGAGGUCUGUAGACUGAGCGGUGUCUCGUCUGGACCCGGCGGUGUGUGUCGUUAGCUCACACCGUGAGACAAGAUAAGGUUCAGUGAGGGAGGAACCGUAGCGUCGUAACGAUCUGCUCAGAGAAUCAGACAGCUGGAGUCAUGGACUGAUGGAGCCCCCCCACCAACACCCCGUCUCCUCAUUGUGUCGAUUAGACGCAGAGGCGCAGCAUCAGAGCCCCUGCUGAGACCUCCAGUCUCCGGUUGAUCCGAUUCAGACCUCUGUUGUCUGACAUGACAUGUGAGAACAUCGAUCUGAAAUUGUCUUAUCUUCGCGCUGCGAAUUUCUCACACUCCUGCAUUUUUAGCCUGCAUUGAUUGUCUUUGGGUGCCUUGCAGGAGGGGGCUGUUACUGUCACAGAGGACAGUGCUGGUAAAACAUCAUCUUUCACUUGAAAGAUAUGAUCUAAAAAAAAGUUUUUUUUUUUUUUACAUAAACAGUAACUUAAGAUUCACUAUGUGCUAUAAAAUGGCACUGUGUGCGUCUUCCAGGCAUAUAGUGCCAUUUUAUAGCACAAUCAAUUAACUACUUCAGUUGUUGUAAAAUGGUGUAUACAUCAAAUAUGACUUAAAGGUGUUUGACUUGUUUAUUUAACACCUUGAAAUUGAGCCUCUGUCUCUUUAAAAACUUCACCUUCUCUUUCUGAAACUCCACCUUCAGGAAGUCAUCUCUACAUGGCUCCUCUGUUAACCCUUUAUCAUUUUUACCUGCGCUGCACUGAGCGGUAGCACGCAUAAUGAGCUCAGCAGAUGAACAGUUCCACCAUGCCUUUGCUAAUUGCUGUUGGCUAGUCUGAAGGAGUUUCGCUUCGCUGAAUCAAUCAGUCAGUCAACUUUAAUUUCUCCCAUGGCAGAAUAGUUGCCAUGGCAGAUUCAAGGAUUUUUUCAAACAUGCAUGAGAAAAUCAAGGCAACACCGAGGUGUCAAUUUCACAUAAUGCUGCCCCUUUAACACUUCCAUAAAAGCAGACGUUUUGUUGGUUUGCUGCUCAGGGGGAUUCAGGUGUUGACCUCACAGUGAAGUAGGAAGAGCUCAGGACUGACACAAGCAAAUGUUGCUCUUUGAUAAUGGCUAUAGCGGGUGUGUCAAACUCUGCCCUGCAUCUUCAGAUGUGCCACUGUUCCAAUACAUGGAAAUCAAAUGGCUGAAUUACCUCCUCAGUAUAUACACAAUUUCUCCAGAGCCCUGCCAAUGACCUAAUUCUUUGGUUCAGGGUUAUUGCAGCAGAACCAUGUUUAAAAGUUGAAGGACACCGACUGUCGAGGAUUGGAGUUUUACACCUGGAGGCUAUAGGGACCAUUUUCAAAUAGUAGAAUCCAUGUUGCUGCAGCAAUACGGAUGAUUCAAAAGUCAGAUGUUCAGGAUAACUACCAGUCCCAUGGAGUUCAGUCUGCGGUCAGAUGGUGCGCUAAUCAGAGAAGCUCAUGACAGGAAAACUAAAGGCUGCGUUGUUGUGGAACGCGACCUAGAGAAUUGAUUUGUUUCUCCAAAGAGUCUAACAACUCUACACAGGUUUGAGAAGUUAUAUUAGCCGAGCAACUGCCUUACUACGCAAUUCUGCCCAAUUCUCCUCUCCCUUCAAUGCUCUGAACAAAGCAAAGCGUAGAACAAGGGGCUGAUUUUUACCAGUCUAUGGUUGUAUCUAACCAAACCAUGGGAUUUUGGAACAGUGAUUUUUGCAUAGGAAAGACAAAAGAGUCAGUGAGGGAGGAACUGUAGCAUCGUAACCAAAAUGUGAAGGAUGGCGAUGGCUUGCUGCCAUGGGGACCCGGCCAUUUUACAGUCACCGAACUGCUUCGCCAACAAAAUUUCCCAUGUCAAAUAUAAAGCCAUUUGUGACGGCUCCACCUUGACCCAAACCGGACAAUGAUGAGAAAAACACAACAACAACAACAACAUGCCAAUAACAAGGACAAGAAACCCAGUGGCUGAACUUCUGAAGAAGUAUUUCUGUUGAAGGGGGUUUUAGAAGCUGUUGCAUCAGGGACUCGGUCUUUCUUUGUGUGCAAUAAAGAGGUUUGUCUUUAGCUAAAACAAGAUUUGUAUUGAUAUAGCAUAGUGAUCUUCCCAAUGUUUCUAGUCACAUUAGACUAAGGUUGUGUUUUCUCUCUGGGUCUUACAGUAACUUCCCCCCAAAAUUGACAUUGUGUUUUAUUAACAUUUCUUCAGAUUUCUUUGAAAAGCUUUCCAACAUGAGCUGUUGUGUUACUCUGACUCAGUUAAAUAUCGACAGAUUUUGUUCUGCUUAGAGUCAGUUUGGAGGUAGACUGUACAAACUAAAACUGAGCAUUGAUCACAGUUCUCCUCUAAUCUUACUCCUCCCAGUGGGGAGUAAAACCAGAUGUAUUACUAAGUAUGGAACCUGUUAUUGGAAUUAACUUAACAAAAGUUAAAGUUUUUCCUUUUGCACAAAGAAAAACACCAGAAGAGUACAAAGAUCAAGCCAGCCCCAGUCUACUUGGGAGGCCACUCGGGUCACUGUUCCAGCUGCAUUCCAGGGAGGAGGCCGCCCCCCAGCCGUCUCCUGCACAGGUCGGUAUGAGCUCCAGAGGGAGCGGCAGCCGAUCCAACGGCUCGCUACCACAGACCAAGAUCUGCCAGUUCAAGCUGGUGCUGCUGGGGGACAUGGCUGUGGGCAAGUCCAGCCUGGUGCUACGCUUCGUCAAGGGACAGUUUGACGAGUUCCAGGAGACGACUAUAGGAGCUGCGUUCUUGGCUCAGUCGGUGUGUUUAGACGACACCACAGUGAAGUUUGAGAUCUGGGACACAGCAGGACAGGAGCGAUACCACAGCCUGGCUCCCAUGUACUACCGCGGCGCUCAGGCUGCCAUCGUUGUCUUUGAUAUCACUAAACCGGAGACCUUUGAAAGAGCUAAAGCCUGGGUGAAGGAGCUGCAGAGGCAGGCCAGUCCAAACAUUGUUAUCGCUCUGGCCGGAAACAAGGCUGACCUUGCUGAAAAGAGACUUGUAGAAUAUGAGGAAGCCCAGACAUAUGCUGAGGACACCGGUUUGCUGUUCAUGGAGACGUCUGCCAAGACAGCCAUGAACGUCAACGAGCUUUUCUUGGCUAUUGCAAAAAAGAUGCCAAAAACAGACACGCAGAACCCAACACAUGCAGCACGACAUCGGGGAGUGAACCUGCAGGAUCCAGAUGCCCACUCCACCCGAGCCUGCUGCGGUGGGAACUAAAGCUCCCGAACCACCCUGCUGUGUAUUAACUCCCCCAUCCGUUCUCCCCUCCACACAGUCCUGAAACCACCAUGUCGUGUUGCAGCAACAUCCAGGGGUGAGCCUGAUGUUGGGAAACCUGACGUCCGCUCCCCUCUGUGUGUUGCACCCAUCCUCCUGUCCAAGCAGACAGAAACUCAAAGGAACAGGGAAUGAUGCCUAUUGAAUUAAGGGCGGACACUUAAGUUUGGCCACAAGACUUGGAAAUUUUACUUUUGGAAAUAACAGGCGAAGACCAAGAUUGAGAAGUGCAAAACGAAGAAACGUGCAAGGCAGUGGCAGGCCUGUUGUAGUAUUUAGCACUAAUUGUGAAAAUCCUAUUUCUCUCUGCCUUGCAACUGUCCUGUUGCAUAAACUGAACAGCACAUUCUUGUGAAUGGACAGAAACCAUUAGAAAAGGGAGCUUUCUUCUUCUUUGUGGAGCUUGCUUUGUCUCAUUUUGAACUGAUCAAAGUCUGCUGUGAAUACUGCCCCAUAACACUGUCCUGGAAUGAUCUGUAAUCCUUCUGUCAUGCUUGAAAAGAUCCAUAUCAAUUUCUCAAGUGUGCCAGCCUGGUCAAAUUUCUAGUGUGAUGGUUUAGACUUCAUUGCCUUCUGGCUGAAAUAUUCCAGCCUGUCCAAAUCUUGUCCUGUAGUCUAGGUAGAAACUUAAAUUUACUACAUGAGGCCGACGUGUUAGUGCACACAAAGCUAAACCUCUUUGUAUUUUAGGUAUUUAAGAUGCAAUAUUGAGAAACUCCCUGCAACGUAGUGCAUGAGCAGUGACAGAGAAAGAGGGGAAACUUGACCACAACACUACGGCCUUGAUGUGGAGGGGAUGUUGGGCAAUAAACGGUGAACAGUGGGGAAAUCCAAAGGGUUCAGUCGGCAUCAAACACCAGAAUCCUGCUGUGAGUAGAUCUCUAAAACCAACUGAAGGGCUGCACUGAGUGAUAGAGGUGAUUCAACUGCAGAUAAUACCAUGGUGUCUGCUUCUGUGCAUGUAAAAAUUCUUGCCUCAGAUCACUGAUAUCCUGGGGUUGUAUGUUUAGUUAUGUGGAAGAAAGCAGAAAAGAUCUAAAAUGACGCUCAAAAUAACCCACGUUUCCCUGUGGGAUCUUUUCUGCCCGUCUUCUGGUAAAUGUCCCUCAUUUGUCUCUUGUCAAGGUGAUCUUAGAUAGUUUUAUGAAUUAACUUAUUUUCAGACAAUGCUCUUGAAACGAGUUAGGUGUGCUUGUUAGCUGUCAAACCUCGCUGUAGAAAACAGGAAAAAAAAAUGUUGGUAAAACACGAGAACAGAAGUGCCUACUCCAAGUUUUUCUUUUUCCUUGGUGUGACUUUUUUUUUAGGACAGGGUGCAGGAAAAGCACUUCCCUGACACUGGCUUGUAUUUAAAACAUGGCGCCUUGUCGUUAAGCUACACUGUAAUGGCUCUUUGAAUGGAUGUAAAGAGAUCUUGUCAAAGACACUGUAUGUCAUAUUGUCCUUAUUUUAUGUAUGUUGACUUUAGCAGAUCACACUUGUAAACCUGGAAUGGAUUGUUCAAAGAACUCUAAUCAGUGUUAUAAAUCUAUUUGAUUUAAACCAA